AAAUUCCCCCCCACACCCACGUAACACCCACACAUCGACUUUGAUCUGAGAGAAAAAGAGAGGUUCAGAAAUAACUGAUACCACUGAACAGAAGUAACCAGAGCAGAGUGCUUGUAAAUUAUUUUCUCCAUAAAUCACAUUUCACCAAAUCCACUUCAAAGUCCCCCUCUAGAGAGAGGGUAUGGAAUCUUUCCAUCGCGAUGACUGGAUUUGUAGUUUUUCUUUGGCAUUUGUUUUCUGUGUGUGAGUGUUUGUGAUCAUGCAAUUUUCAUGAACUAUUAGAAGCUUGUUUGGUGGAAAUGCAUUUGAUUUGGCAUCAUGUUUUUGAAUUGCCAACAUUCCUAGAUUCGCAGCCUGUUUCUCCUCAUGGAAAUCGUUUGGUCCUUUACAGCACGUUUGCGUUUGUCAUUUUCUGUUUUUAGAUGCACUCGAGUCAUAUAUGAACUGAUUCACAAAGGAUUUUUUUUUUUGUGGAAAGAUAUUGUUAAUUACUUGAAUCCUUAGACAGCCUGCAGUUAAACACAUAGGCCUACAGUAUCAAAGUAUUUUGUAACAUUUUUAUUUUUGCCUCAUACAGGAAAACCUUAAUCAUUUUUAUCUUCAAAAGCUCUGACCAAUAAUUUGAAAAGAAUUGCUGUUAUUGCAAUAUCAUCUUUAUUUCCAAAUGUUGAAAGAUUAAAGUUUCUAAAUCUUUUGAAUUAACAUGUAAGAGCAGGAAAGCAAUUUGAAAUAUUUAUAGUUGUAUAUUUACUGAGAGGAGAGACAUCAGCAGCCACUAGGAUAAUUGUAAUUGUUUUAAUUAGUAAAAAAAAAAAAAGAUACACAAAUACAUGACACAUUGCAUAGAAUAACUAAUGUGGGCCAUGAACGAAUUUCCAUUUUGAGAUCUAUAAGUUGUCCAUGUCGAAAUGAUAAAUAGUCACCUGCUGCCCUCAUGUGGAGUUUUGCUCUUUGAUGUUUUUCUUGAAGCAGUUUGUUUUACACCUCGGUGUUUUUCGCUUGUGAAGUGCCCCAUGUCUGCUGGCUUGUUUAUGACCUCCAUGUCAGGGUUCACAUCAGGGGCAUCUUGAAGCGUUCUGCGGGUCUGCCUGACUGCUGCUCCUCUUUAAAGCGUUGUUUUUGGGAGCUGUGGAAUGGGAAGUGCAGAUUUCUGUGGACAGGAUGUAGAGUCACUGCUGUAAUGUAGGAUACAGCCCCCCUACUCCAUUCUGACACAGAGCUGGCUCACGGCUGCACGAGUCCGCAUCUGGAGACGACAGGAAGCGCAUUUUCUGCAUCUGGAUUGAAGUCAUUGCUUCUGUGGCGGCUGUUUAUUUUUCAAGCACGAGAACACGUAACCCGGGCCGGAUACAGAUUCAGGUGAUGAUGACUCACCUCUGGACCCUUCUCUCAGUCCUGCUGUUGGUUUUGUCUGUGGCUGAAGCGCUGAACAACCCUGACGAAAAUGAUAAUGAAGUUAUGAAACUCACAGAGGUGGAGCUCUCACAGAGCCAGGUGACUGAAAAUGCCAUUGGAAAUCUGAGUGAAACACAGAGCAACACACCUACUACAUUAGCAGCUCCCUUGAGCACAACAGGUUCUGUGAGCAGCAGUUCAGCGCCUCAGUGUCCAGGAAACCAAGUGAUGCUAGAGAACAUCACACAAUGUGGCUGUCCUUCUGGUAUGGUGAAGGAUGGAGACAACUGCACCUGCCCUGUGGGCUUCUCUCUGGAUGGAGCUGCAGGCUGUAAAGAUGUUGAUGACUGUGAAGCAGAGGAGCCAGGACCAUGUGGUCUCCAUGCCAGCUGCACUAAUACCCCUGGCUCUUACUCAUGUAGCUGUCUCCGUGGUUACCUGAUGGGUUCUGGAGGGUGCCAGGACAUAGACGAGUGUGCUUUGGCUGCAGUGACAGGCCUGCAGGCCUGUCAAGGGGAUGCAGAGUGCACAAACACCCCUGGUUCCUUCACAUGCUCCUGUCGUCAUGGAUAUGUAAUGGCACUUAAUGGAAGAAGCUGUGUAGACGUGGAUGAGUGCAGCUUCGAGGAGCAGUGUCGUCGUGAACUGGGAAAUGUGUGUGUGAACACUCCGGGCAGCUUUGUUUGUCAGUGCCAGCCAGGCUUCAGAGCAGAGGCCCCCGCCUGUGUCGGUCCUGUGUGUCCAGACUACACCGUGUGUCAAGAUGUAGAUGAAUGUGUGGAGAGUCCUGCUGUGUGUGAUGGUCAAGGUGUAUGUGAGAACACGCUUGGGAGCUACAAGUGUGUUUGUCGACCGGGUUACCGGGGAAACGGCACACACUGCGAAGACGAGAACGAGUGUGCGUCAGGUGGUCACGGGUGUGACACAAAUGCUCGAUGUGGCAACAUCAUUGGCUCGUAUUUCUGUCAAUGCUACCAUGGCUAUAACGGCGAUGGACACUCUUGUUUUGACAUAGAUGAGUGUGCUGUGAACAACGGCCACUGUGAACACCACUGCUCCAAUGAACAGGGAGGGUACAGCUGCCAAUGUAGCUCAGGCUUCCAGCUCCGCCAGGAUGGACACAACUGCACAGAUGUUGAUGAGUGCUUGGCGCAGAAUGGGACCUGUGGGCACAUUUGCAUCAACACUCAGGGAUCGUUUCAGUGCUCCUGCAGGCCCGGCUACCAGCUGCACAUUGAUGGUCACACCUGUGUUGACAUUGAUGAAUGUAAACUCCAGAAUGGCGGUUGCUCUCACACCUGCAGCAACUCUCCAGGAGGACACACCUGCCACUGCCCUCCUCCUCUGCUGCUCGACACAGACAACCUCUCCUGCAGCAAUGUAACAUCUUGCAAUCUUAGAAAUGGUGGCUGUGACCAUGUUUGUGCGGUGAAUGCAGAGGGACAGGUCCAGUGUAACUGUCGAAAAGGCUGGAAGUUGGGCGGGGACCACCGGAGCUGCGUUGAUGUGAAUGAGUGUGGGGACUUUACGAACGGAGGCUGUGAGCAGCUCUGUUUGAACCACCCAGGUGGAUUCAACUGCACCUGCAGAGAAGGGUAUCAAGUACAAACGGACGACCUCACAAAGUGCAAGCCUGUGUGUGAGCCUCCCUGUCAAAACUAUGGAGUGUGUGUGGCCCCAAACAGCUGUGACUGUCCUCCAGGUUACCCUGGACUCGGCUGCUUAGCCAUGUGCUCCCCGCCCUGUGCUCAUGGAGGCACCUGUAUGCGCUGGAACGAGUGCCUGUGUCCUCCUGGUUGGACCAGUGCUGGCUGCCACACAGCGAUGUGUGAGCUGCCCUGUGCUAACGGUGGGCGCUGUGUGGGGCCCAAUACCUGCCAGUGUCCCUCUGAUUACACCGGCCCCCAAUGCCUCUUACCCCUGUGCACUCCUGCCUGUCUGAACGGGGGAAGAUGUGUAGAUGUCAACCAAUGCAUAUGUAUUGGUGGAUGGCAAGGCGCUCGGUGUCAGAGAGAGCCUGUUGUGUGUCACAAACCUUGUAAGAAUGGUGGAGUUUGUGUGGGCCUCAACAGGUGCCAAUGUGCCAAAGGAUUUACUGGAGACUUAUGUGAAACAGCUGUGACCACCCCCUGUAUACCACCCUGCCAACAUGGGGCUACCUGCAGUCCUCACAACACCUGUUCCUGUCCUGAGGGCACAGCAGGCCUGCGCUGUGAGAAACUGACAUGCCCUGUGGUCACCACUGUGGUCAGCAUGGCUCGGGCAGUGAGAAAGGCCUUUAGGGAAAGUUAUGUUGACCGGUGUGGACCCCUUGGAGUUCAGCUUUGCACUAAAUACAGAAUAAACCAGGCACGUGUGUACCUGCAAGCCUACAGAGUGGGCUACAAAAUCCAGUGUCCACAGAGGAAGGGCAGGUGAAGCAUUUGCAUCUCACCCUGAGGAAACAACCAACAGACAACAUUUGGGGAAACAUAAUAAGGCAU